AUGUUACCUAUUUCUUUAUUAAAAGCCUCAGUCAACAUGCCAAUGUUAGUUGAACUUAAGAAUGGUGAAACUUAUAAUGGGCAUUUGAUCGCCUGCGAUGAUUGGAUGAAUAUUCAUCUUAAAGAUGUCAUUUGCACCUCAAGGGAUGGCGACCGUUUUUGGAAAAUGACUGAGUGUUUUGUUCGCGGGAGUAUCAUUAAGUACUUGCGAAUUCACGAAGACGUCCUCGAUAAAGUUCAGGAAGAUAUGCAAGCCGCUAGAGCACGCAACAGAGAACUUGGUGGACGAGGAGGUGGUGGCGGUAACCGUGGUGGUGGCCGUGGUGGUGGAAUGAACCGUGGUGCCAAGUUUGGUGGAAGUAGAGGACAAUAG